AUGAGAGUUGUAUUGCUAAAAUCUUCAAUUACAACCCUUCCUAAAAAGGAUUGUAAAUAAAAAGGAAUCUAUUCCAAUCAGAAUAACCAUAAUGUAAUCAGGUAUUUAUAGGUGAGUUAUUUUUUGAUUGCUAAAACCCUUGAGUCAAUGAAACUGCAAGAAUCCAUUGCUUUAAAAUCAUAGGCAAUUAAUGAUCAAACAAAAAAGAAAAGUGAUAACAAUAAUCGAAUGACAUUCAAAUUAGAAUUUGAUAAGAAAGCCAAUCUACAAACGCAAAGGAAGAGUCAAGAUGCUUUGACUAUUGAAAAAAAGCCCAGCAACUUUGCCAUUAUUUAAAAUAUGUUUGAUUUGGAAACUAAGAAUUUAGAAAUCUAUAUGCAGGCAUAAGAGAAGAAGACUUAAAUUCAAUAAUUGUAAUCUUAAUUGGAGUAACAAAAUAUUAAAUAGGAAUAGUAAGUUAGGCAUUAAAAUUAGGAGAAGGAUGAAUUAUUAUAAAAAAUUCAAUAAUUGGAACACUAAUGCGAGGAGCAGAAGAGAUAUAUCGAUCAAAUACCUUUGAUGUAAGCAGAGGCGUAAGAGUGGAAAGAUCGCUUUCUGAAUUUGAACAAAUUAUUCCAUCAAUCUCAAGAAGUGAUAUUCAGAAUUGAGGCGGAAUAAUAAAGUAGUUAACGAAGAACCUUCAAUUUUAAAGUGUGA